GUCUUGUAGAUGCCUUUGCGGAAGUAUGUCUCUAUGAAGUUGAUGCCGCUCGCUUCGACCUUGAUGAGGAUGUGGCCAGGCUUCGGUUGGGGCACCGGAACCUCGACGACUUGGAGCACAUCGGGUCCGCCAAAUUCGCUGACUUGCAGUGCCCUCAUACGUUCGGGCAGCGCCAUGGUGAUCGAUAAAGCCCUGAAGCCGGUGACAAGUUCACUGCCUGCCCUGCUGCGACCAGGCAGGACCGGUGUGUCACGUGCGAGAUAGGCGCUAAGCGGUCGCGAUAGAGUCGAGAGAUGACGUGACCGCGUUCGACUGUGAGGAGAGUCAUCGGUCUGGCUAGCAAGACAUGGACAGCGACGGUAGCAGUCUGGGCAGAUCGCUGUCGACGAGCACAAGCCAGCCCAAGGCGAACGACGCCACGUUCUCAGAGAUCCGCAACGUGACGCUCGAAUGGAAGCUGAAUGACCUCAAGAAACUGUUUGAAUCCUCAAGAGGCGAGACAAAGAGUCGCUGUGUCAAGUCUGCCUUGUUCGGCGGUGGACAAUGGCAGCUGCUCUUCUAUGCCAAUGCCGGAGGGACAAGCUCUGCGCAAGGCACGGGCGACCUCACUAGCAAUCAGUAUUGCGCGCUGUAUCUCUCUGGCGAGCCCACGGCAGAGGAGCGCGAGCGAGGAGUACGAGAAGCCGUACUGAAUGGCGGAAACGCGCCCGCAUGGCGACGAGAUGGUCUCUUCAAGUUCUCAUUUGAAGUCAAGUCAGUCAGCCGGUCGACGGUCUACAAGUCGAUGGAAGCAGCAGAUCACGAGUUUUCCGCCACUGCCCGUAACUGGGGCUGGUCAAACUUCUGGAAACGCGGCGAAGCCUACUUUAACAAUGCAUCUGUCAAAGCGGUUGACUCGUUCAUCAUCAGCUGCAGCAUCACCUUCUCGCCUGCACCGCCUAGCGCAGCAAGUCCUCUGCUCGGCAAGCGAUUCAUUCCCCAAGAACUCGUCGAUGCAUAUGCCUCGCUCUUCGACGACGCCCUGUACUCAGAUGUCGUGUUUGUCAUGCCUACCGGACGAAAACUCUAUGCCUCGAAGAAGAUCCUCACAAUCCGAUCAGAGUACUUUGCUAGCAUGCUCUCUGGCGAUUUCGCCGAGUCAUUCCCGCCUGAUCGCCAUCUGUUUCACCCAUCCGACCUCACUGCAGAUCGCCAAGACGAUUACAUUGAAGACGACGAGGAGUCUGAAUGGAUGUGCAACGACAGCGACGAUCCACCGGUCUAUGCGGACACUUCGCGCCAUCGCCAAGCUACUGACAGGGAUACUACACCUUCACAGGAGCCCAGAGAGCGGCAAGAGUCCCAGCAGUCGGAUGUCAGCUUCCGAUCCACCGAAGCCUCCUCCCACGAUGAAGCUACUGCGAGCGCUGUCGAUGCUGCUACUACUCCGCAUGCCACAGGUCCGGCACGUUCGCAAGUCUUUGUGACCGAUGCCCUCUACGCCAAUUAUCGCGCCUUGCUCUUCUACCUCUACACUGACAACAUCACCUUUGCACCGCUCAGCAGCAAUUACUAUGCAGCACGAUUGGCGGCACUCGAAUCAGGCCAAGCAUUUCCUUAUUCAAGUCGGGAUCAUUAUGUGCACAAGACCGCAACUCGAGCGCCCGUCUAUGGCAUCGGUCGGACUGUGCAGCAGCCUCUCUGCUCUGCCAAAGCCAUCUAUCGCCUCGCUGACAAGCUUGGUCUACCAGAGCUCAAGCAUCGCGCUUUCGAUCAUAUCAUCGGCAGCUUGACGGUCGAGACCGUCUGUGCAGAAGCCUUUUCGGCCUUUUCUGCUCAGUUCCCAGAACUUCAGAAGGUGCAAGUCGAUUACCUCAGCUCACGAUGGAGCGAAGUGCGAACAUCGCGCAGUAUGACGAAAGCUCUCGCCAGCUUGCGCUCUCCACAUCACGCCGGCGUCUUGCCCGCAUUCGAGCAGGUCUUCUCGACACUGCUGUCAAAGCUCGACUUUUCUACGCGCGCAACCGAUGCCAGCAUGUGAUGCCAUGCCGGUCGCUAGCGUUAUGUGCGCUGCCUCAUCGGUCACAAGUACAUCAACGACAGUCGAGCCACUCGGUCCACCUGCUCGUACCCGCGCGGAUUCUGGACAGGCGACGCCCUCGCGCCUGUGCUGCCCAGCCU